CUGUCUCGAUGGGCUCAGCGGACCACAGAUACAAUUUGGCCGAAAUCCUGUCUCACGAUUACAGCCCCCGACGAGAGGUGGAGAGCCCCGAGUCACAUAAAUCAUUUGAAGAUCUAGAAAGGGACAGUGAUAUGCCUCUGGAAGAACUUCUGGCACUUUAUGGCUACGAGGCAUCCGAUCCCAUCUCCGAGCACGAGAGCGAGGGCAGCUCACCCAGCGAGCUAGCCGACAACUUGCCUGAUAUGACGCUGGAUAAAGAACAAAUAGCUAAAGAUCUUCUUUCUGGAGAAGAGGAGGAAGAGACGCAGUCUUCAGCUGAUGACCUGACACCAUCUGUCACCUCCCACGAUGCCUCCGACCUCUUUCGCCACCCACUCAGAUCUAACUCUAUCGGAGAUGAUAAGGAACUGUCUUUGUCAGAGGAGGAGGAGGAGGAUGAGGAAGAUGAGGACGAGGACACUGAAGAAGAUGACUCCAUUCUGGCUAAUGACUGUAAAAAGGAAAUUAUGAUCGGACCUCAGUAUCAAGCCCCGAUCCCACCACUUCUCAGCAGAUACAGACACAACGAGAAAGUUUACGACAAUGACGACCAGUUGCUUUGGGACCCUUACGUUCUGCCAGAGAAACAGGUCGAAGAGUUUCUGCACAAAGCGCUGAAGCGAAUGAGAGAGGAGAAAACCCACGAGAGUUUGCUGGAAGGAGCGCUCGUGAAAAACAGUGAACAGGCCUUGUACGAGCUGGUGAAGUGCAACUUUAAUGUGGAGGAAGCCCUCAGAAGACUAAGGUUUAACGUAAAAGUGGUCCGACAAGAGCUGUGUGCCUGGAGCGAAGACGAAUGCAGAAACUUUGAGCACGGGCUUCGAGUCCACGGCAAAAACUUUCAUCUCAUCCAAGCGAACAAGGUGAGAACGCGAUCUGUGGGGGAGUGCGUGGCGUAUUAUUACGUGUGGAAGAAAUCGGAACGCUACAGCUAUUUUGCUCAGCAAACCAAAUUCGGGAAGAAGAAAUAUAGCCUUCACCCUGGUGCUUUGGAUGACGGGGACCCUGAUUUGGAUGGCAUCGAGGGCGAGACUUGUGGUCAGGAAGGCGCCAGCUCUCCGCUCAUCUCAGCUGCUAGCGGCAGGCGAGGGUCUGAACAAGAGCCACUCGUUUUCCAAAACUCAGAAGAAAACGUCGAUGGUGCAGUUUGCGGCAUGAGUGCUGGCACACGCAUGUUUGAGUACGGCAGCUCUCCGGCGAACAGCCGAUCGGGCUCCCACUGUCCGCUCGAUCCCACGGCCUCCAGCCGAGACUGCGACCUUGUCUCCUCCUUGAACCAACAAGACUCUGGGUUCUUCCAGCUGGAACUGGACCGGGUCAUCCUGGACAGGCCGCAACUGGAAAUGACAGCAAAGAAACUGACGAUGGAUUUCUCUCGGCCCAAAGCCUUCGGCGACAGACUGCCCGGCGAGGAUCGCACGUCCCACAUCGCUCAGGCCAAAAUGUCUGUGGCCGUGACUGACUUUGGGAGCAUUGAUGUGGGCGACAUGAACAGUUUACUGAGCGCUCAUUCACUGCACCACACUGCGACUCUUCAUUCUGAAUCUUUAUCUCAGUGAGAAGGGAGCCUCGGAGACCCUGUUAUUUAUAUAUAUAUACAUAUAUAUAUAUUUUUUUUUGCGUUGGAAGUUACUGGGAAACUCAGCGAUGUCUUCUAUUUAUUUAGUCCUUAUUUGUUCCUGAAGAAGGGGGAGGCAUUUAUGGGGGUAACUUCAGAUGCUGCCCAAAGAAAGAGGGGAACUUGUCUGUGUUUUUACAGAUCAACCUUUGUUUUACUACUACGUUCCGUUUUUUUUUGUACCCGCCGUUCGUAAACCUGCGGACCCUGGAUUCAUCACGCGAUCAUCAGGAAGGCACACUCGCUCGCGACUCGCCUACACACACACACUCAUCAUGAACGGUCUUCUAUUUUUAUUACAUGUGGCGUUGGAAUCUCCAGCCCAAAGUCGUUUCCUGUAACCAAAUCAGUAUUCCUUUCGGAAAAGGGUUUGCACUUUUUUUUGUG